AUAAUAGUAUCAUCUUCCAGUAAUAUUGUAUCAUCAGAAGAACAUCGAAAGCAACUUAAUUGUAAGCACCAAAAAUGGUUUAGAAAUAAGAAUAGAGAAACUAUUUCACACUUAUUUGAUGAUGUUUCUGAAGAACUUCAAUACUUACUUAAUACUGAAGUUCCUAUAUUUGUAGUUGAACCUAUUGAAACUUCUGCUAUAGAUACUAAUUCUGGUUCUGAUUCUGAUGAUCUCUUGCCUUUACCUAAUACUGAAGUUCCUACAAUUACUAAUCAUGAGUUUAUUAAUACUCAAAUGGAAUUGCUACUCCAAAAUUUCCUCUGUUGUGCUAAUAACAAAGUGCAAUUACCACCUUUACUUAAACCUCUACCUUAUUUACUAAAUCUUUAUACUUCAACUAAUCCUGAUGCAGUUGAAUUUCAUAAACAUGCUAGAGGUUAUAACAGUGCCUUGGCUUGCACAUCUUUUGGUGCUAAUGUAGAUAACCAAUUUUUGAGAUAUAGUAUAGCAAAUUUUCGAAUUCAUGCCCAAGUUUAUCAUUUAAUUGGAUCAUUAUUACCAAAUGAAAGUCGCACACCAGUAUUUGCUCAACUAUAUAUUUAUGAUACUGCAAAUGAAAUUACAAAUCAUCAAAAUGCAAUGCACAAAUUAAAUAAAAAUAUUUUACAAAAUAUUAUAUGUGAUAAUGUAACUACUGAAAUUUCAAUGAUAAUUCAUGGUGAUAGAAAUCAAGAUAUUCGUCGUUAUAAUGCUCCAACAGCUCCUGAUGUAGCUGCAAUAAUGGUAGCAGAGUUUUAUCCUUCAUAUGAUCCACUUCAUUAUGUACUAUUAUUUUCUAAAGAAAAUCUUCAAGAUGUUGCUAAUCGUACUAAAAAUCGUAUAACAAUUUUAACAGCCUGGUUUCAAGAGAAUAUGCAAAAUCUAAUGACACUACAAUCUUUAGAAGGUGAAAGAUAUUACUUACAAACUUUACUUAGUUAUGUAAAAGGUGCAACUAGCUUUGAUGAUCUAAAAACUAUAAAUGAUUAUACAUGUA